AUUUCUGUGGAGAAUGCUUAAAGUUGGAAUUCAUGAGAGUUGAAACACUUUUCAAACGGAUCUUGCCAUUGCCAUUUUCAGAAACGUGCGAAAAAAGGCAUCUACCUCGUCACAUUUCGAGAAUCUUAUUUCAUUCAAAGAAAGGCGAUGCUUGUAGAACUCGCACUUAUCCUUUACAUUUGCCUGUGAAAGAUGAAGCUACUUUGUAUUUGCAUGUAAGUAUUGCUUUUAUGAAUUCUUGUCCUUCUCACGUCAAUUCAGUUAAUGAAUGUAGUCUCCAGUAGGUUACUGAUUGUAGUUGUAAGUUACUAGGCUCUAAUUAUGAAAGAGGGUAAAUUACCCAACAAAACCUUGAACUUAGUUUAAAUAUGAUGCAUAUUAUUAAAUUACAUAUACGUAGUUCUUUUAAAAAAUAUAUUCCAUGUUAUUAUUUCAGUGGCCCUACUGCAAGCAUAUUUGUUCAUUUUGCAACUUCAACAAAUACAUCAGGUAAGUCAGGUGUACAUGUAAAAAAAAAUCAAAAUUUUUAUUUAUUACCUGUUAGGCAUGGUAAAAUUUUCUUAUUUUUUGAUAUGAUGUUACAUUUAGUGUUGAUGAUACCCUAGUGUGCACACCAAUUCUUUAUUUAAACGUUCAUUUUACUUGCCAGUACCAUUGCAGCACACAUACCUGCAACUACAGCAUUUUGACUAUGCCCAUAUGGAUUCUGAAAGUUUGGUUGUAUUGCACGCUGCUAAAAAGCUUUAGAUCUACUCAAGCUCUACCGUACUGUGUAGACUGGAUGGUACUGAAGAAAUGUCUCUAUGGGUUCCCAAUUUCCUCAACAUAUCAGCUUUUGUGAAUAUGAAAGUGAUCUUUGCGGUUAUAAACACUACUUGAGCAGUAGUGAAAAUAAGGCCUGAAAAAAAUUCAGGCCUGUAUGGGAUUUGAACCCAUGACCUCUGCAAUACUGCUGCAUUGUUCCAUAGUGCAUCACAGUGGUGAUGGGUUAAAAUCCAAUACAGGCCUGAAAAUUUUUUUUCAGGCCUUAUUUUCACUACUGCUCAUGUAGUGUUUAUUACUGUGAAGAUUGCUUUCAUACUCACGUCUUUAUCCGCAGUUCAAAUAGAUGACUUUCAUAUAUUCACAGUAGUAUAUCACCUUUUGUUUGGUAUUUCUGUGUUUCUCAUGGAAUAAUUUUUAUGUGAUAUCUUUCUUUGAAUGAUAGAUAUUACAUUGAGUUCCAUGUACUCUUUUGUUAGUUGUGUCUCUUUCCCUCUCCCAGUCUGAUUUCUUUUUGUUCAUCAGUUGAUUAACCUGGGAAAGACUUCUCUACAAUGUAUGGAUAUCAGUUUGAUUGUGUAGUCUAAUCCUAUGGCCCAAGAGUGACAAAGUUUUCUUUUUUCUUCUGUGUGCCUUCUCUUUCAGUAAGAAUGUGGACCACGAUUGCAUGAGAAAAUGCCUUGUGACUGAAACAGAAACCUUAUUGAAGUUGUCUGGUGUGAAAAAGAUUAGCUCAGUUUACUUUGGAGGAGGUAAAGUUUUCAUUACUUCACUGCAGAAUCCAUUAAUACAUGUAACUUUAUAGUUCUAUAAAGUUACAUGUACAUAAAAAGUACAUUUUUGAAGCAUUCAAGCAAGAUACUUGAAGACACCCAAAACUGACCACCCACAGUGCAAUAAAUGAAUAAAUCUCCAAAUUAUGCCCAAAGAAUUGGUUUUCAUGACAGCGUUCUUGGCUAUUUUUCACUUUUUGAGCUUUAAGCUGCCAGGUUCUUUUGUUUUUUUGUUGUUGUCUGUUUGAAUAUUUUGUGUCUUCCUUUGGGGCUUUUCAUUUUAGGAACACCAAGUUUGGCAGAACCUUCAACAAUUUCUUCAGUACUUGAAGCUGUUUCAACCAUUUGUUAUAUACCUUCUGAGGCAGAGGUGACACUUGAAGCUAACCCCACUUCAGCUGAAACUGAAAAACUCAGGUGAAAUGGACAGAAAAUGCAUCAAAUAAUCAUUUUUUUACUGUGGUUUUUGUAUCCUAGUUUAAAAUUUCUUUUCUCCCUCCUGAUUUUAUCAGGUACAUGCCUCACAGACAGUUUGCCAAUACCCUAACAUUUACACUCUAACUUCCAUGUGGAGAAGCACCUUGAAAACAUCAUGUUUUGCAUGAUAAGAACAUAACAUUAAGACUACUUGUGGGAAGUAGUCUUGCAUGCUAAAUAUUGGUCCAGUGUUUCCUUUCUUAAGUCUGUGUAAAAACUCAGGUAGUAAAGUGCUCUUAAAAAAGUAAAUAUUAUCAAUAAUUCAAGUACAGAAUGGUAGUUAACUUAACUUAAGGGUUAAUCUCUUGCUCUAUGAUUUUAGUCAUUUCCAUGCUGCUGGAAUUAAUCGUCUCUCCCUUGGAAUCCAGGUAUUGAUAACUGAAGUUAUAAGUUCUUCCUGAAUUUUUAAAGUUUAUUUUUUUCUUUAGAAAGAGUGAAUUGUUAGCUGUAUUUUUCUGAAAGCCUGUCAUGUUUCCUUUUUGCUAGGCCUUCAGUUCAAGAGAUUUGCUUCUUUUAGGAAGAGACAAUACCAUUAGAGAUUCAUUGAGGUAAGGUAAAAUAAAAUGAAAUGAUCAGAAACACUACAAUGCAAAUAAACCAAUGAUUAUGAAUCCUGAGCAUUCCCAGUUCUAAACGUUACUUCAAAUUUCUUGUAGCUGCUUUGAUAUUUUUCCUUGUUAUCUAGUUACUCUAGCUGAUAAACUAAUAAUUAUCCUUGUUUUCCUCUUGAAAAGUUUUUUUUAACAUAAGAUUGUAAGCAGUAGUUGGCAUACAAUAGUGAUGUUAAUUACUAUAUAUACAUAACUUAAUCAAUGGAGAAGGGAAGAACUUGAAAAUUUUUUGCCAAAAUGUCAAUGAAUGAUACAAAUUAACAGUUUAUAAUCAGGGGCUGGUGCAUGAACUCUGCAAAUAAAUGUUUGAUUUUCUAGAGCAAUACAGGCUGCAAGGUCCAUUUUUCCAGGAAGAGUAUCGAUUGAUUUGAUGUUUGGACGUCCACAACAAACACUGGAGGAUUGGUACAAGGAGUUGUUAAAAGUAAACAGGACAUGUGGUCUAAGUUUUUUAAAUUAUUAGUUGUAGUGCCGUCAGUAAUAAACUAGUGUUAUGCAAGUGCUUAAGUCUAGAAUCUAGGGAUGAAAAUAGAACCCAUGAUUUUAAGGAUGUAGUAUGAACAAUUGCCUGCAAAUUCAAUUGGAAUCUAACUGCUUGGCAAAGAAAAUAAUUAAGAGAAUCCAUGAUGGGGGACUGGAGACAAGGUGACAACAACUGAGACACAUGUAUGCAUUAUCAUAUUCUUUUGUUUGCUAGAACAAGGAAACUAGCUCCCUGAUGUGGUUCCAGGUUGAAGGGAAGUAAAAGGAAUAAAAAGUUUGUUAUGAGAAACUGGUUCAUCUGUUCUCAGCUCAGUUAACAAGUAACAAGUUUGGAUUCCUUAUAAUUGUAUUUAAAACCACACAUAUUUUUACAAAACAUCUUAAUAUUUAGGAUGAUAUUACAGUCACUUUGUGAAUACUGUAUUUUCCUGAAUGAGCACCUACCCCUUGGGCAAUAAUGGCAAACAAUUACUCCAUGUGAAAAAGCACCCCCUCCUCCCUUGCCUCUUGUAAUAAUAGGGACACAAAGAAAACCUUUUUUCUAUAAUUGCCACUUUAUUUAUAACUUUUUAAGGUUGAAAUGAAGCAGAAUCAGUACAGGAGGAUAAUAAGCCCCUCCCUCAAUUAAGCUCCCACUGGAUGCAUUGUAUUAUCACAUCAUUGUCAUUAUAACCCUUGCUUGCCCUUGACCAUUUACCAGGCAUUAUCUGUGUGUGAUGACCAUAUAUCAUUGUAUCAGCUGACGCUGGAAAGAGGCACACCACUCUAUAAAAAUGUCAUUUCUGGAAAACAAGUAAGAUUUUUAGCAUUCAAUAUAAAAUUAAUGUAUUUUUAAUUAUUAAAUUUGUCUGACUUGAAUCUUAUUGUGAGUUAUUAAAAUUACUGGCUACUAUUUGUUUUUUUAGUCUCUUCCUGAUCCUGAUUUGGUUGCUGAAAUGUAUCAGUUGGCAGUGGAGGUAAGGAAAAAAAUUGCAAUGAGUUAACCUCAUGUUUUGUUUUUUUGAAGUAAAUACAUGUUUAAUUUUGAAUUUUAAAUAUAUUCUUUUUUUGUUCUUUGUUGUUGUCAUCAUUACCAUCAUCAUUAUCAGACCUUGACUGCAAAUGGGUUCCUCAGAUAUGAGGUUGCCAACUUUGCAAAAUCAGUAAGUUGAAUGAUUGUUAGAUCAUCCAGUUAAGUAAUUGUAAAUAAUCAAACUGUUUUUUUUUCUGAAUGAAAUUUCAAUGUUCAUUUGGAUUAAUUGAAGAAGGUAAAGUGCAUGCAGUAAUUAUCAUUUGUUGUUCUAGGAUGCAGAAAGCAGACAUAACCUCUCAUAUUGGAAUGGAUCACAGUAUAUUGGAGUGGGACCUGGUGCUCAUGGCAGGUGUAUACACAUAACUAAUCAGUUAUGGAGUAGUGUAGUUUUUGUAAAGAUUGCAAUAGAAAACAAUACUAUUCAUAAUAUUUUCUUUAUUUAACUGAUGAAAAAUAAUACUAAAACAAUGUGUGUUACUUAAGAAAAACAACAGAAACAGAAGUCAUGAACCCCAAGUGGUGUUCCUUUUUCUUUCCUUUUGUAGAUUUAUUCCUUCUGGAAAUGGCAAUGGAUUGAGACAGGCAAGAGUGCAAACAUUAGAACCAAACCAGUGGAUGAAAGAGGUAUUAACUUUCUUUCUAAGUUCUUAUAAGUUUUUACAACAGGUCAUGUAAAAAAUUUGUUGGUACUUCAACACCUGUAUGUUGGUUUUAAGGUUGAAACAAGAGGGCAUGGAACUAGAAAACAAGUAACACAAACAAAAUUUGAAAUGUAAGUACUAAACAUUUGUUCUGGAAAAUGUAUUAUUUUGUCAGUGGGUCAAGGUGGUGGGGUAAUGGUUAGUGAGCUUGACUCUGUAACAAGAGCUCUGUUAAAUUCAAGCCCUGAUAUAGAAAAUUUUGCUACAUUUCUGAGCAAGACACAUGACUCAUACAAUGCCCUCAGUGGAAGGCUUACUCCAAAUUUAUGUUGUAGCAGAGGUUAAAAGAAAACCAUGUGAAGUGCUGCUAAAUCCUGGGUGUGACUUCAAGGGGUAUAGCUCUCCAGAAAUACCUGUGACAAGCUGUUCAGCACUUACUUAAAGUUGGUUUUAAAAUGGUGCAGUAAUGAAAGUAUUUUCUUUGAUCUCAGAUUCGAAGAAAUUCUUAUGAUGAGUUUAAGGACUGCUGAUGGUCUAAGUUCUGAGGUAUAAGUUGUUAUAAUAAUAGUAAUAAUAAUAAAAAACCACAAUAGAUCUAAAUCACUGAAAAUACUUGUAAAUCAAAGGAGUUUAAUACAGGUGGCAAAUGUCUGUAGAUGCUGAAUUUUGCACAGAAACCCAAAUGUCCAACUAUAGUCAGGAAAUUAAAGUAUUUCAAGCUCUGGCUGUAAGGGAUAUGACUGGAGUACAAGGCUUACUUAACCCUUUAACUCCCAAGAUCUGAUUGUUAAUUCUCCCCAUUAGCUGCUACACAUUUCCUUGUAAAUUGGUUACAAGAAUUUGGUGUUCAAUCAAGAUAAUAUCUUGUACCUGAUAAGUUUGAGUAUUCUCAUUACCUGUUUGCUAGAUAAUGUAUGAAUAUUAUAGGGAGAAGUUACAUGUUAAUCACUUCUGGGAGUUAGAGGGUUAACUUUCCUACCAAUUGUGGUUCUCUCACUUAUGGAUGUACGUAAGGUUACUUGUACUCUAAAACUUUGUGAAUGAGAGCCUGCAGGUUUGCACCAUCGUCAAUCUCUGAGGUCUUCCAUAGAAUUGUCUUUCUUCUUGUUGAUUUGAGUUUAGAAUUGUUUCGAACUAAACGACGCUUUGUACGGAAUUAAUCUCUUUUUUCUGUUCAUGGUGCAGAAUUGGAAAAUCUUCUCCCCGCUUGGUUUGUCUUUGUAUGAUACAUUCAAAGAUAAUCAGGACGUCAAAGAUCUCAUUCAACAUGGCCUCCUGUCCUUAACAAAAAGGUAUGUAAACUUAAAACAGAUAAAGCUUCAAAUAUUGUCUAAAGUUUUUCCAGAGCACGUUGGUUUUGCUUUACUUCGUUCUAUGAUUGGUUCAGAAAACGUAUCCCAGCCUCCCAACCAAUCAGAUUAAAAAAAAGCGAAUGGCGACUUGGUCACCGCGUUUUCCCGCGCUUAGGGGCAUUUUCAGGUAUUUUUUGUUCUCAUUGGCUCCCAAUAAUUUUCAUCCUUUUUUUUGGCCCGUUUGAGUUUCGGUUUUUUAAAGGCACGGGAGGAUGUGUGUUGAUAUAACGUAUUUUUCCUUUUUCAGAGGCGUCAAAGCUACCCCUAAAGGCCUGUCUAUUGUGGAUAGCAUAAUUUCGACAUUAUUACUUCAUCUUGAUGGAAUAAAUAGGACUGUUCUAAAAUCGGAAACAUAUUGAAAAAAAAUUAGAAACUUGGAAGCUUAUUUGAAAAUAAGUUGUGGCCAAAAAUAAUAUUCAUAGAGGUGACACGGAAUACAUUUUGAGCUAAUUUAUGUCGGCGUUUUUUCCUUUUCAAUGGCUGUUUUUCCACAACA